AUGGAGGAACAACUGCUUCAGCUGCUUGCGGCCACCGCCCAGGCCGAUCAGACGCAGCGUAUCAAUGCCGAGAUUGAGCUCAAAAGGGCACAGACGAAUCCAGCUUAUUCUGUGGCUCUGGCUAAGAUUGCCUCCCACACCUCCGUCGACGUUGCCACUCGCCAGCUCGCCCUCAGCACACUGCGGCUUUUUAUCGAGAACAACUGGUCGAAUGAUGAUCCUAACGCCGAGCCCCCGAUUCCCAUCACCGAUGAUACCAGACAGCUAGUUCGCCAGUCUCUCCUGGACCUGGCCCUUAGCGGUGAAGACGAUCGCAAAGUCAAGAUUGCUGCUAGUUACGCCGUCGGAAAAAUUGCGAUUCACGACUUUCCCGAAGAGUGGCCUUCGCUCCUUCCCACCGUUCUGGCCGUCAUCCCCAAUGGUAACGACUCUCAACUACAUGGCGCACUUCGCGUGCUCGGCGACCUCGUCGAAGAGAGCUUGAGUGAGGACCAAUUCUUUACAAUGGCAAGAGACAUUGCUAGCACUCUCAGUCAAAUUGCCAUUGGCGAAGAGCGCAAGCCUCUCAUAAGAUCUCUAGCCAUUUCCGUUUUCCGUGGCUGCUUCGACUUGAUGAACAUGGUAAAGGAAGAUCAUGCCGCUGAAGUUACUGCAUUUGCCGAAGAACUUCUCAAAGACUGGAAUCCAUUCUUCCUCAAGGUUCUCAGCAGCCGUCUUCCCGAAGCUAGCACGAGCGCUGGGGCUCAACCCGCCGAGUGGAAUAGUAUCAUUUCCCUCAAGCUUCAGGUCGUCAAGACACUGCUCCGGAUCCGUCGAGUCUUCCCAAACCUUUUGCUUCCUCAGAGUGCCACUCUCUUCACGGCUGUCUGGGAUGAACUCAUCAGCUUGCUGCCCAGCUUCGAACAGCUCUACAUCGAUAAUGAUGCCCAAGGCCGUCUCGAGGAUAUUGACAACCUUCCUUACACUCUGGACUUCUUGGUUCUCGAAGAGCUCGACUUCUUGAAUCAGUGCUUCCGUGCUCCUCCCGUUCAAGCAGAGCUCGAUGGACAACUCAAGCUUUAUGCUAAUGCCCAUCAGGUACCUUGGAUGAUGGAUAUCAUGAAGCUCCUCGUGGGCUACUCACGUGUUCUUCGCGAGGAAGAGGAAUUGUGGGAUAUUGAUUGCUCUCUCUACCUGGCAGAAGAGACGUCGGUCACGGCCAACUACACAGCUCGAACUGCGGCCGGGGAUCUCCUGAUCAAGAUGGGAGAAUGGUUCAAUGAAAAGACCAUUGACGGACUUUUCGGCUACACAAAGGACCUCUUCCCUGGCCGAGGUUGGAGGGACCAGGAAGCUGCCCUCUAUCUUUUUGUCAUGCUCGCUGGAGACUUUCAGGACGUUAACAAAGAUAUUCCUGAGGUCGUAGCUCAUGCUUAUCUCGAGCUGGUCGACUAUGCCAUCAACCGAGCUGAAGAGCCCCUUCUUCGUGCUCGUGGCUACCUGGUCGCUGGAAUUCUCGGCCGCUCUUACAAUCCUCCUGCCGUUCUUCUCGACCGAAUUAUCAACUCUAUCAACGAUGAGGAAUCGGAGGUCGUCAAGGUUGCUUGCGUAAAGGCAAUCAAUGACCUCGUUGACGCGGGAAAGGUACCCAACGACCGCCAACUAUCUAUUCUUAAUGCCGUUCGGACAUACAUGAAUGGCAGGGACCCUGAAGAGAUGGAAGAGGCCGAUGAAUUGCUCGUGACACUGACUGGUGCCGUUCGUGCUGCCAUCAGCCUGAACCAUCACAUUGCCCUUUCUACCGAAGUCGGAGCAGUGGAUCUUCUUUUUAUGCUUGCUAAGCUCGGAUCAAGUAACUUCCAGGUGUCGAUUCUCGUGACCGAGGCCUUUGAAGAGCUUGUCAUUAGCCUAUCUGAUCCCGAAUCCUUCUCGCGCCUCUCUGCCAUUGUGAUUCCAACUUUGACUGCAGCACUCAAUGUUGGUGACGUCACCGCCGACAGCCCUCUCGUCUCCAUUGCAACCGAACUGCUCGCUGUUGUGGCUGAGAACGCCCCAAGCCCGCUUCCAGCGGGCUUCGUUGCUGCUACACUGCCCAAGCUCAGCACUUUGCUGAUGCAGUCUAACGAGGGUGACAUCCUUCGAUCCGGAUCUCGAACUGUCAAGUUUCUGCUUGCGCAUGACCACCAACAAGUUCUAAGCUGGCAUGAUGCUAGUGGUCGAUCCGGUAUCGAGGUCUGCCUCCACAUCGUCGAUCGGCUACUUGGUCCCACCAUUGAAGACAACUCUGCGUCUGAAGUUGGCGGUCUCGCGGCCGAACUUGUGGAAAAGGCUGGCCAUGAGCGUCUGGGACCCUACCUUCCGCAGUUAUUACAGGCUGUCGCCAACCGCUUGGCCGUUGCUGAGGCUGCUGCCAUGAUCCAAUCUCUGAUCCUUGUUUUUGCACGUCUCUCUUUGAAUGGAGCCCAAGAUGUUGUUGAAUUCCUGAGCCAGAUUCAGAUCAAUGCGGACGAGAGUGGUCUACAAGUUGUCAUGUCGAGGUGGUUAGAGAACUCCGUCAGCUUUGCUGGCUACGAUGAGAUCCGUCAAAACGUCAUUGCUCUUUCAAAGCUUUUUGCGUUGAAUGAUCCCCGUUUGGCAGAGAUUCCUGUCAAGGGUGACUUGAUUGCAGAGGAUGACGGGAUGAUUAAGACACGCUCGCGCGCCAAGCAAAACCCUGACAAAUAUUCUGUUGUCCCUGCCCAGCUCAAAAUUAUCAAGGUUCUGAUUGAGGAGCUCUUGUCUGCCUCUGGAGCCCGCUCCGGGGCCAACAUCGCCUCGGCAGCCGUGGCCAACACUGCCCAGUUUGAUGAAGACGAUGGCGAAGACGGAUGGGAAGACGAUGAAACUCUUGAUUUGACCCUCAACUCCGUCAAGGACGAUUUGAUGUCGUUUAUGGAGAACGGUAGUCAGCGCCAGCGUGAUGACGAGACCCAGGCUUACCUCAGCGACUUCUUUGUCCGUGCCCACAACGAGAACAUUGGCCAAUUCCAACAAUGGUAUACCAAACUCGAGGAGGAGGAACAGCAAAAGCUGAACGAGCUGGCUAGCUCGGCGGCACACUAG